GAUCAGGACGUGGAGGCGGUGGAGGCGGCGGGGUAAUCACCAACACUAACAUUUAAAUGAAAUUACCCAAAAGGGACAAAUCCUCCGUAGUUAAUAACAAUUCCACCUUUAUCUAUUCCACAAACCAAAUGGGAAAAAAUAAGCAAAAUGGGAACCAAACUUAAAAACCGGAGCAUAUGAAAGCAGGACUGAAUGAAUGAAGACAGCACCAUCUUCGGGAAGAGCGGAGCGGAGUCUUGUUUCCUCGCAGCUCUCUAUUGCCGUAUUGAAAAGGCAAAAAAUCAAUUUGAAACGCAACAUAUUUCUGGUCUGCCGAGUCCGGUCAAACCAGAGUAGAUUGGUCGCAACCCUUCAAGCCGCCGGCGCCGCCGUAUGUGGAGGAGGGUUCUUUUUGUGACUCUAUUCCAACCUUUUCGUAUGCCUACCCUUCUUUUUUUCUUAAAUACCCAAACGUUCUAGCCAAAAAGUAAAUUUCAUCCGAAUUCUUUUCUUUAAUUGUGGCAGAAGCUCUUGUUUGCUUAGAAAUUUCCAGAUCUUAGGGGUUUUAAUUUCUGGGUAUUCAUUUCUUGAGUAGAAGGGUCUAUCUUGGACGCCCAGAUCUCAAAUUCAAGAAUUUGAAUAUCUAAAGGAAAACCCGAGCUGGGUUUUCAAUCUUGAAUCUUGAAAAGCUCAAAGAUUUCAACUUUUUUGUGUGUGUGAUUGGGUGGGAAUAAAUGGGAGAUGAUUCCAACGUGAGUGGAAAUUUAGAGGAUUCGUCAAGUAUGGUUGAGCUGACAGGGAAGAUAAUGGUGGCAGCAAUCAUUUGUCUGUUCUUCGUGCUGGUAUUUGUCUUCCUCCUCCACCUCUACGCCAAAUGGUUCUGGUACCGCCGCCCAGACAGCACUAGGAGGAGGCGGCGCUUUGAAUUCGUGCCGGGUCAUCAAGAGCUCACGGCGACCUCUGCACUUCGCAGGGGUCUUGAUCCAUCUGCGCUGAAAACCAUACCUGUUGUUGAAUUCAGCGCAAAGGACUUCAAAGAUGGCUUGGAAUGCGCAGUUUGCUUGUGUGAAGUCUCAGAGGGAGAAAAGGCCAGACUUUUGCCCAAAUGCAACCAUGGUUUUCAUGUGGAGUGUAUCGACAUGUGGUUCCAAUCCCAUUCCACUUGCCCGUUAUGCCGAAACCCGAUUCCCAAUCCUGCCCCUGCAGAAUCAGCAUCGGACGAGAGUCUAGUUUCCAGCGAGACGCCUAAUUUCCCCACUAACGUGUUGUUUUGGGGAGAUGAUACUCAAGUCAGUACUUUAGGGACAGGUUUGGAUGAACUGCCUCAACAAGGCCCUAUUUCUUCUUCUGCUCAAUCGUCCUGUCCCUCGUCGUCCUCAUUGACAGCGAACACGAUGGAGGGCAUGCUGGUAAUUGACAUCCCUAGGCAUGCUGCUGAAGAUGAUCAAGAACAGAAAUCUCCCAUGACCACAAGAUUGAGAUCAUUGAAGAGGCUUUUGAGCAGGGAAAAUCGGGUAAGUCCUCGAAGCAAUGUAGAUGUAGAACAAGGAGGGAGGAGCCAAUGCUAGGAGUGUAAACCUAUGCUCUCUGGUCAUCUCAUUUGUUCUAUGCGUGUUUCUUGAUUUUUUUAUGCAGAUUUUUUUUAAAAAAAUGAAACUUUGGUUA